UCUGGGUCCGGGCCAAGGAGCUAGCCGGGUGUGGCCCUGCGGGGCGGAGGAGUCCGGCAGCCGCACAAAUUUAGACCCUCCCAGCAGCCAAGCGCAGCCCCAGCAAAGGGACUCGACCUCUGAGGCACUUAACGCGCUGACGAAGAACCUGGUAGCAGGUCUUUCCGCUUAGCCUCAGCAAGUGCCCCAUUUCUGCUCUCCUAUUGGUUUUUUUAGCCUCUCUCUUCUCUUCCCUGCCUAAGAAGGCUGCUGCGGGCCCGUCCCUCUGAUUGGCCCAGAAGCUUUCAUGUAUCACUCUGAUUGGUCAAUGGGGCUCACGCCCCCUCCCCCUUUAUCGAGAACGAUUGGGUCAUACCAUCAAGAGUAGGGGGAUAGAGGGUAUAUCCCAGGGCUUCCCUUGUCCCUCCAUUGCACAGCGGCCCCCAUACAGAAAGAGUUUUAUUAACGGAAGAUAUAUAGGGAGGGGUUUCGGUUGACCCCCUAGUUCGGAGGACGGUUGGGGUGCUCUGAUCCCCCCUCUCCUGGAUGGUGCGGUCCCAGGGGGCGGGGCCGUGCGGUCUUGCUCCGCCGGGUCUCAUGCUUUACUAACAGCCGCGCUCCGAGCCCGAGAUGCUGCUGCAGCCGCUCGCGCUCCGCCGCGCCCUGUUGGCCCGCCCCUGGAGAGGAGCCAGGCUGCGGUGGCAGCACAUCUCCUCCCUGAAGGUGGCCAAUGAGCCUGUCUUGGCGUUCACUCAGGGCAGCCCCGAGCGAGAUGCACUGCAGAAGGCCUUGAAGGACCUCAAGGGCCGGACAGAAGCCAUCCCGUGUGUGGUGGGGGAUGAAGAGGUGUGGACCUCGGACGUACAGUACCAGGUGUCGCCCUUUAACCAUGGACACAAGGUGGCCAAGUUCUGUUAUGCAGACAAGGCCCUGCUCAACAAAGCCAUUGAGGCCGCCCUGGCUGCCAGGAAAGAGUGGGACCUCAAGCCUGUGGCCGACCGGGCCCAGAUCUUCAUGAAAGCGGCAGAUUUACUGAGCGGGCCCCACAGGGCUGAGAUCCUCGCCAAGACCAUGGUGGGACAGGGUAAGACGGUGAUCCAGGCAGAGAUCGAUGCCGCUGCGGAGCUUAUUGACUUCUUCCGCUUCAACGCCAAGUUUGCUGUGGAGCUCGAGCGGGAGCAGCCCAUCAGCGUGCCACCCAGCACCAACAGAGUGGUGUACCGGGGGCUGGAGGGCUUCGUGGCGGCCAUCUCCCCCUUCAACUUCACUGCGAUCGGCGGCAACCUGGCAGGGGCUCCAGCCCUGAUGGGCAACGUAGUCCUAUGGAAGCCCAGUGACACUGCCAUGCUGGCCAGCUACGCCGUCUACCGCAUCCUUCGUGAGGCGGGUCUGCCCCCCAACAUCAUCCAGUUUGUGCCAGCAGAUGGGCCCAUGUUUGGGGACACCGUAACCAGCUCAGAGCACCUCUGUGGCAUCAACUUCACUGGCAGUGUGCCCACCUUCAAGCACCUGUGGAAGCAGGUAGCCCAGAAUCUAGACCACUUCCGCACCUUCCCACGCCUGGCCGGAGAGUGUGGUGGGAAGAACUUCCACUUUGUCCACCGCUCGGCUGAUGUGGACAGCGUGGUGAGUGGGACCCUGCGCUCAGCCUUCGAGUAUGGCGGCCAGAAGUGCUCUGCCUGCUCCCGCCUCUACGUGCCAAGCUCGCUAUGGCCGCAGAUCAAAGGGCGGCUGCUGGAGGAGCACAGCAGGAUCAAAGUGGGCGACCCUGCAGAGGAUUUUGGGACCUUCUUCUCCGCAGUGAUUGAUGCCAAGUCCUUUGGCCGCAUCAAGAAGUGGCUGGAGCAUGCCCGCUCCUCGCCUAGCCUCACCAUCCUGGCUGGGGGCAAGUGUGAUGACUCCGUGGGCUACUUUGUGGAACCCUGCAUCGUCGAGAGCAAAGACCCUCAGGAGCCCAUCAUGAAGGAGGAGAUCUUCGGGCCUGUGCUGACCGUGUAUGUCUAUCCAGACGACAAGUACAAGGAGACGCUGCAGCUAGUUGACAGCACCACCAGCUAUGGCCUCACGGGGGCAGUGUUCGCCCAGGAUAAGGACAUUGUCCACGAGGCCACAAAGGUGCUGAGGAAUGCUGCCGGCAACUUCUACAUCAACGACAAGUCCACUGGCUCGGUGGUGGGCCAGCAGCCCUUUGGGGGGGCUCGAGCUUCUGGCACCAACGACAAGCCCGGGGGGCCGCACUACGUCCUGCGCUGGACAUCGCCCCAGGUCAUCAAGGAGACCCACCAGCCUCUGGGAGACUGGUGCUACUCAUACAUGCAGUGACCCCGCUUAGCACCUCCUGCUGUCCACCUGUCUGUCCGUCCAGACGACUGAGUUCUGACUGCACUGGUCCUCCCUAGUCCCCAGCCCUUCCACCCAGCUCCUCCUGGGACAGCCCCCUUCCCAGCACCAAGGCCAGAACCCCUCACCCCACUGGCCUGUACUCUGGCCCUCUCGACCCACUGCUUGGCGUCAGGGGCUCGGCUCAAGUUUCAAUCAUGUUGGGGAGGAACAAGGCUACCACCCCUGACCCUGCCGGCCAUUCUAGAAAUUCCAUCUGGUAGGUAGGAACUUGGUGCCUGGCUGUUUCUCCAUCUGUUUGAUUCUCUCCCCUAUACUGUGGCCCAAGGGCCCACGGACCUGAGGAAUGGAGGUGGAGCAGCUCCUGGGAUCCCUUGGAGAAAAGGAGGCUGCUCUGAGGCCCUUGGCAAACUUCACCCUCAGCCCUGGCUCCUCCCUGAGGCCAGGACUUCAGGGUUAGGGGUAGCCCAGGGUGGCUUGCAGCACUGGCAAACCCUGCUGCAUGGUGUGGGCGUCACCUGCUGGGCUGCCCUUUUUGGGCUGCCCGCCUUCGUCACCAGCGCUGAGCCAGUGGGCACCUCUGCCCAGCUAUACACCUUAGAUGCCUGUGUGCCUUUUGCCAGGAUUCCUCUGUUCACCCAACGCCCAGCUGAUUCCUGGCCAGCUCCACGUGGUAGGCCGAGGGGCCACUGAGGCCCACUGCCACAGUGUGGAUGUGGUGGUCCUUUGUGUUUGGGCUGUGAUUUUGGAAAAGCUUGAUGGGGGGUAGGGGAGGGCUUCAUCCUGUGUUGGCUCUCCCUUGGCUCCUCUGGUGCUGCCCCUAGAGAUGGCCACACACAUAGCUUAUGUUGGUGAGUUUCCCUUCAGGUCUCCAUCGCCAAUGGGUUGAGGGAAAAUGGGCCCAGAUGGAUGUAGCCUCACCCUCCCUUCUCCCAGCACCACCUCCCCCCAGGCCUAGCCUUCGCUAUCAAAGGACUGUCCCUUCUUGUCAUGGAAAUGGCUCUGUGUGGACUGGCCCCUCGUGGCCACUGGCAAAUUGUCUUCCUGGUUGGGUUCCAGGUGACCAGGGAUCUCUCAAGGGGUGACUUUUGAGGAUGGUUUUUAGGGGGCCCUGAAAGUGCUGGGAAGGAGCCCUGGUGGCACAACAGUUAAACACUCAGCUGCUAACUCAAAGGUCAGUGGGUGGAACCCAACAGCUGCUCCACAGGAGAAAGAUGUGGCAGUCUGCUUCUGUAAAGAUUUACAGCUUUGGAAACCCUAUGGGGCAGCUCUGCUCUGUCCUACAGGGUUGCUAUGAGUCAGAAUCAACGCCAUAGUAAUGAGUUUUGAAAGUGCUGGGCACUCCUCAAAGAACACUGGGGUGGGGCCCUGCAGGACUGUGGAGCUGUUCCCAAGUGCCACCACCUUGCACUGUGCCCAUAGCUAGUGGAGUGUGCUGAUGCUACCUGUGUGGGGAGUGUCUUCUCAUGUGGGGCCAGGACAGGCUGCUGGGGUGGGAGAUGUGCUUGGUUCAACACUGUGAGGUGGCAGUGGGAUUUGCCCUGAUGCCACCCAAUAAAUGCCUGUUAGUUAAUCACAUCAGUGGUCUUUCUGGUGGGAUUGUGGGGGGUGGCCAACUUCUCCUAAGUCUGAUGAUGUUGCCAGUGUGUUGUCAGGUGAUGGGAGCACAGCACCUUUAGUGUGAUGCAAGGAAGGGUAGGCCAAGUAGUGGCUUGGAGGGAGGAAUUGUGGCCACUUAGCUUAUGCCCUGAGUCAGGGUUCAAGUCCAUAUGGGCUCUGUUAGGGUUCUCUAGAGAAACAGAACCAGUUUUAUACACACACACACACACACACACACACACACACACACACACACACAUACACACACACAUAUGAAGAGGGAGUCAGGUUUAUUUCAAUGGAUUGGCUCACGUGAUUGUGGGUUACACAGCGGGGUGAAGACUUGUGCGGACUUGCAUCCCAAGAUCCAGCGGUCACGCAGUGGAAAAAGUGCAAAGUGGAGAGAGAGAGCAAGUUCUGCUAAAAAUUUAGUCUGGAGGCAGACCACAUCCUGAGGAAACUCUCUUUUCAGCUGACUGAUUGCAUUGCAUUAGAUUACAUUAUGGAAGAUCAUUACAUUGCAUUAGAUUAUAAUAUGGAACAGCAACUAGUCUAGUGCUUGGCCAAACCACCAGGAACCAAAGCCUAGCUAAUCCGACACGUGGAAUUAACCAUCACAUGGGCCAGAUGACCUUUGGAGAGAAAAAAAUCUAUGUGUUGGCCUGUCUCAGAUAAUAUUUCUUAAAACACAUGGAGACCUCCCUGUCUGAGGGUCCUCUGACCAGGGCUGCUGGUGUGGAGGAUCUCAGCUGGGGGAGGGAGCCGAGGACUCUAUCCUUUGGCAGAUCCCCCCUCCCUGACUCACCCAGGGGUCCGCUACUGACUUGUGUGUGAGGAACCUUGGCUCUGGGCAAAGCUGGCCCGGUCCUGGAGCCCAUGAGCAACUCUUCCAGGAGCCAAGGCCAGUGCCCAGAGUGCCCAGGCUGAGCUCACAGAAGGGAAGGG